AUGGCUUCACCGAGAGUUGUUGACAUCGCGAUUGACACCGCUUCUUAUGUCCGGUCACAUCUUUGGUUGACCUUGGCCGUCUGUGGCUUGCUUUAUUUCGUUUCUCAAAGGUACAAGACUGGUCUCCGACACAUACCAGGACCAUUUGUCGCGAGCUUUUCUGGCUUCUGGAGAGCCUGGGAGGUCGCCAAGGGAGCCUGGCAUAUCAAAAACCUUCAGUUGCAUCGGCAGUAUGGUCCGCUUGUCCGCGUCGCCCCGAAUGUCGUCAGUGUCUCUGACCCAGACGCACUUCGAAUCAUCUACGGACUGAACAGUGGAUUUACCAAGACAGACUUCUAUCCUAUCCAGGAAAUGAAAUAUGGUAAAAUCUACUUGGCGAAUCUCUUCUCUACAAAAAGCGAUGAGUUUCACGCAAAGCAGAAAAGGUCUGUUGCGAGUGCGUAUUCAAUGACCUCCAUGCUCGCCUUUGAGCCAUACGUCGACAACUGCUCCGAACUCUUUUUCAAGAGGCUCGAUGAACUCUAUGUCAACCCUCAUCAGCCUUGCGACCUGGGUAAAUGGCUCCAGCUUUACGCCAUGGACGUGAUCGCGGAGGUCACUUUCGGCAAGCGAUUUGGCUGUAUGCAGGAAGGCGGGGAUGUGGGCGGCUUGAUUGACACCAUCGACAACUUCUUGGUCUACGCAUCCGUGGUAGGCCAAGUUCCAUACCUGCACAAAUUUCUCUUCGGCAAUCCCCUGCUCCCGUACAUCAUGCCCAAGCUGGAUAGCAUCAACCACGUGGUGAAGUUUACACUGGAGCGAAUCGCCGAGCGGGAAAAGGACCCGGAGAGGCACAAGGACUUCUUGGGGAGACUCUACGAGGCAAAAGCGGAGGGCAAAAUGGAAGCCGUCGACACCAUCCGCCACAGCAGUGCGAACGUGUUUGCAGGUAGUGAUACUACAGCCAUAGCGCUUCGGUCUGCGAUAGACGGACUUUUGACGCAUCCUGAGUGUUACCGCAAGCUUCAAGCAGAGAUCGACCAGAAGAGAGCCGAAGGGAAGCUCUCACUGCCAGUCAAGUACGCGGAGGCACAACAGAUGCCGUAUCUCCAGGCUGUGCUAAAGGAAGGCAUGCGAUAUCACCCUUCAGUAUCGUUCCUGCUGGAAAGGCAUGUUCCCAAAGGAGGCACCGUUAUCUGCAACACCCGAAUUCCCGAGGACACGAUCGUCGGCAUCAAUGCGUGGGUGGUCCACCGCGACCGCAAGGUUUUUGGGGAAGAUGCCGACGUCUUCCGACCAGAGCGGUGGCUGGAGGCAGACGAAGCGCAGCUCAAAGCGAUGGAAAGAGCAUUCUUCGUGUUUGGUGGCGGUUCGCGGACUUGCACGGGCCGCAAUAUUAGCCUAAUGGAGAUGUCCAAGGUGAUUCCGUCCUUACUCAUGGUCUACGACAUUGAACGCGCGGAUCCUAAAUCCCACGUGCGCACCAAGACUUACUGGUUCGCCGUGCAGAGAGGUUUGAUCUGCAAUAUUAGAAAGAGGGAGCGGCCAUUAAAAGCCUGA